GUAGUGUUAGCUCAUGACUUAUUCACAAUCAUGUAAGGACGCCACUCGACACCGACGCUAUUAAUCUUAUUCGCAUUUGCAUGGACACUGUCUUGCUGCUUUGUAAGCUAGCAAGUAAACUAUGAAAGGAAGUGAGAGGCAGGUUUCCGAAAUCAUCACAGUUCCAAGUUACCGGUUUUUAAAGGGAACAGAAUUGCUGACCAAAGGAGGAAGGUCAAAGCCAUCGGAAAAUGGCUUAAUAAACGGUACAAGUCAGUAUAAUGAGGAAAUAGACCAUGGCGAUGGGAAGAGGUUUGGGAGAGCUUUUUCGUGCGGCAACGAAGUACGGAUCCACAAAACGUUUGCGCAUACAUCUGGAACAAGCGACGCUCUUCGGGUUAACAAGGAGGAAAUUAAGAACUUAAUUGUAAAUUUACUUAGAUCUCAACUGGGAUCCCUACGCUACGACCACAAACAAUGUAACCAGAAGUGUUUGAAACUCAGCGAAAUCAUAGAAACAAAUGUACGGAAAAAGUGUCCGGAUUGCAAGAUUGUUUCAACUGUUCUAAUUGGCGCCCUACGUGACAAGGGUUCAGCGAUAGCAAGUCAGUCGUUAUACUCUGAACGUAGUGAUUGUAUGGCUCUAGCAUACUAUAGUAAUCAGUCGCUCUUUGCCAGUGCCGCCGUAUUUGUCGUGCGUUUAUGACAGGCUUUAUUUAAUCAGGUGGCGAUUUGCAUUUCAAUAGAAACUAGCUAAAUUCGUAAUCGAGCAAAAUGCCAGAAACUUGAGGAAUUUCUUAAGUAAAUAUUCAAUAGAACUAAUCUGUAAUGGCAGAACGUUAAGAACCACGUAUGAAAAGAGGGUAUUAAACAAUCUUUCACGCUUUUGUGAUUUCAUCAACUGAAUAGUGAAUGUCCUUAUAUUUAGUUCGAGAUAUGUUUUAUUAUAUGUUUUCUAAAUGC